AUGUCUCCUAGAAAAUAUUUAUUGACUCCACCAGAAGAACUACAUCCAUAUUUACCACAUCGUGAUUCGAAUACAGAUCUUUUCAACGAAGAUGAUAGAAUUACAACUGAUAUAUAUCCGGAUUUCAAGCCAUGGCGACACGAUUCAGAAGAAGACGAAAUUUUACUAAAUUUUGUUUCAAAGGGUUAUUAUGUAUCCUCAAAAGUUAAUUUUGAAAGUAUAUCGGCACGAUCCUCCCUACAUACUUCUUUACCAAAAUUAUCAGAUCAUUUAUCAAAACAGUUUUCAAAAAUUUUACAAAUAAGAGAACAACAGAUAAAUAAAAUACCUGCCACUACUCUAAAUCUUAAGCUAGAAUCUUAUCAAAGUAGUAAUCAUGUUCUACCUGAUAAAAGCACCAACAAAAAUGGUCUAUUUUUGAUUAAUCCAUUAGCUGGCCCAUACUUUCAACUACCUAGCCGUGUAACUUUAACAGAUAAUAAAAAGGAAAAAUGGUUACAGGAUCUAAGCUCCCCAUAUGCAUCUUUAUCCAAGACAUCAGAGUUUAUACCACAUGGUCUUAAAAAAAAACAGGUAUUAGAGCAAUGCUAUAUUAAAAAUAUUCCGAUAAGAAGAGCUAUAUGGCUAAUCAAGUGCUGCUAUUCAAUAGAAGCACAAAAUCUAAAAAUUAAACACGCCAAUUCACAACAGAAAUAUAAUAACAAUAAUCUUUCGCUUUUCUCCAAUGAAUCUGUUGUAGAAAACUGUAAAGAGCAUUGUAUUUUAUACAAAGAAUGGACUGAUGCAUUUGUGUUUAUCUUAGAAAGAUUGAUCUUUGAAAUGAAACAAGUUUAUAAUGACUCAAAUAAAUUAAAGAAAUGGAAAUUAGAUAUAUUUUAUUUUUUGAAAUUAUUAGGUAAUUGUUAUACUUUAAAUUUACUGGAUAGACAGAUUUUUUUUCAUUGGCUUAUUGAAUUUAUUGCUAAACUUGAAAAUUUUGAAUUUUUACCAUUAACUUUGCAUAUUCUACUAUUAUUUUGGAAUGACAUGACCAAAUACUCAAAUAAAAUAUCGGAUAAUAUAUAUGACAACUCUAAUUCAUUUUUAGUUUCAAAGAUUGCUGAUAGUUUAUUAGGCAAAUACUACUCAAUUUCAAGAAGUAAGUCUAUGAUCACUGAUGAAAAAUAUAUAGUAAAUGAUAUUAAAAAAAACAAUAAGGUCAAAAAUUCUUUAUUAAAAAUAAUAAGUCAACUGAUUUGCAAACUGUUUCAAGAUCAAUGCUUAGAGAUUUUCCUUUUCCAAAGUUCAAGUUGGGAAUUGUAUAAACCUUGUCUGUAUGAAAUUAUUAAUAAGCUUAAAAAUCAGGAAACAAAAUUAGAUAUCCAAAAAAAAUUAGAAUUAAUUAGUUACAGAAAUGAUAUGUUCAAGAAUAAUUCGCUGUUAAAUUUUAAUUACUUGUCUACAACCAAUGACCAAAAUAAAAAUAUUUCUUCUAACAAUACAAUGAGUAAUAAUAACCAUAUAGAAAUGCUUAUAAAUAAAUCCAGCCUAUCUAACUCCUUUCCUCAUUUGGACCUAAAAAAUAUUUUUAAACCAUUGACAUCUCAACCUCACAUUAGGAUCAUUAACAUCCCAAAUAUUGAUGUUGAAUUUUUGAAACAAUUAGAUGGUAUUCAAGCAGAUUUCGAUUGGCCUCAAUAUGUGGAACAAAACCCACUACAAGUAUCUCAAGUAUUACAGUUAAUCCUAUGGUCAAUCCAUCCAUCUAGAAAAUCUCAUUACGAGUCCAAUCAAUUAGUAACAAAAAUAUUGUUGUUACAAAUCAAUUUACUCACUGAAAAGAUUCCUGAAUAUGAAAUUGAAGAUGUAAUAUGGUCAUUAAUUUUUCAAAUUGGAAAGUUAUCAAAAUAUAAUAUAAAAAAAAAUAUUAAUUUACUUGCACUUUACCAAUUAUUAAACAUACUGAACACUUAUGGCAUGAUUAAGGUUCCUACUUAUAUAAGAAAGUUAAUUAGUUCUGGAAUAAUGUAUCUUCAUGACUCAAACGAUAAAUUUUUUCAUGUUUCAUUGUUAAUCAAUUUAAAAAUAUCACCAUUAAUGAAAAGUCAAUACAAUAUGGUCUUAAGAAAUGUGAUGGAAUACGAACCUUAUUAUUAUGAAAAAUACAAUUUUGAUAAAUUAGUCAAAUCUGUGGAAGCUAAAAUAGAUAUACUAUUAAAACAUGAUAAAGAUCCAAAAGUAAGUUUAAAUGAUCUUCCAAUGAGUGGGAAAAUAAUGCUUGGUGAAUGGUACUUAAAUUAUUUAUGUUCUAAGGAAGUUUUUGAAUCAGUGGAUAAGCAUAUGCUAACACACAAUUUCAAAAUAUUAUGUUUAGACUUGAAAGUUACACAACUUUUCUAUAAAUGGAUAGAAUUCAUCGUAUACCAUCAAUUGUUGGUUGAUGUAGAGACUCUUGAAACAUUAGUCAACAUUUUGUUAAAUUAUCAAAUGAUUUUUGCUCAGUUUAUUAAUGACCAUAUUCUUUUCACAAAAACCCUAAUAUAUUUAUAUUGUAAUGUCUUUAAGAAGAAGAAUCCAGAAAGUUAUAACUUAAUUACGUUGAUGCCAUUUUGGAAAUUUUUUAUGCAAAAUUUUACUGUGGUCUUGGCAAUUGAUGAUGAUUUAAGAACGGAAUUACAAAAUGUCUAUGAAGAAGAGAAAACGAAGUUGGAAAAGUUAGAAAAGAACAAAAGUUAUGUUAACUUGUUAUAUGCAAAAUUAAAUCUUUCCCAAGAGACAAAUUUUGAAAAUGUUAUUUUAAAUUAUACAAAGAUGUUUCAAACAAAUAUCAAACUACUUGUAUCCACAAAUUCAUCAUUGGAAAAUAGUAACAAUAAUAUUAAGCAUUCUGAAUCAAGGAGAAUAGCUAGAUUAAAUUUAUUAUUAUUAAUGAAUGCUAAUGCAAGAGAUUAUAAUAAGUUUAUGUCUAUUUUUUUAAAGAGAAAAUAUUUUGAUAAUCAAGGUCUCAUCACUUUAAUUUGUGAGAAAUUAUUAACUCUAGACCAAGUUAGAAGAAUAUUAGGAGCAGAGAAGUUAUUAGAAUUAUAUGCUUUGCAGUAUGAAUCUCCUGAAUGCUACAUUUUUUUUGAAACUCAGAAGAAAGAAUAUUUGAAAACUAAAUUUGAGUUAAUUUUAACGUCAUGUUUAGAAAAUUUACCCAAAUAUUAUUGCUUAUUUAUACAACUUAUCUCUGAUUUUGGUUCUAAUCCCAAAAUGCUUGUAACAUCAUCAAGGAUAUUAUCUAAACUCUUAAGCAGUGGAGUAUAUAAAUCAGAAAAAAUUGUCAAAGAUUUAUUAUCAUAUGGAAGAGAAAAUAUAUUUUUUUAUAAUGAGGAUUAUAUUAGUGAAACCGAAAGUGAAGAGGAAAAUUCUGUUAUUGGCCUGGAAGAAAAUGAAAGUAUCCAUAUUAGUGAUAGAACAUCACAACAACAUAAACUAAACAUUCUAGAUGCUUACAAGGGUUAUAAUUUACUAGAUUUUUCCAAUUUAUGGAUAUUUCAAGGACUUACAAAUUAUUACAUAGAAGAAUUAAAGAAGGAAUCUAAUACAAAUUUCAACAAGGAUAUCAAAGCAUUGAUAUUCGGUAUCUUUGAGUAUACUGACUAUAAUGAACUUUGUUCCAAUAUAUUUGACACUAUUGAAGAAGUUGAGACCAUGAAAUUAAUUGUUAAUAUUAUGGAAGAACAUUUUUUCAAGAAAUUUUUAGAAAUUAACAUUGCUGGAGAUAUACCACCUUCCAAAUACUUGUUAAUAAUCAUUCAGUUAAUAACAUCUCUUUUCAAAAAAAUUAGUCAUAUAACAUCAACACAGCUAGAGUUAUAUCGUCCAUUGUUCGCUGUACUAACUCAAGCCUUUACCAAACUUUGUGUAUUAGAAACACAACAAUUAAAUAAAGUUGAAAAUGUAAUUAAUGUUAUUAUGAAAAUUUUCACAAUCCAUCAAACUUCGAUUUAUCAAUACAUUGUAGAAGAUUUACAAGAUAAAAGACUGAAAGAUAGUACAAUUAAAUUUAUUGAGAACGUUUUCCAAUUAUUUGAAACCACCUCUUUACCAUUAAGGUUAAAGUUAAUAAUAUAUGAUAUUCUUUCAUCACUAAAAGCAUAUUGUAUAUAUGUUUCUUCUACGGUUGUUGAUCCAUACACUAAGACACAUAAUGAGCUGAAUAAAACAAAUAGUAUGAGUUUAAUUAAGAGCUCAUCAUUUGUAUCUUCUCCAUUUAUCAGAUCGCCAUCACCUUUUAAUAGUGAUAAUAACAAAGGCAGUAUACAGUUUAAUAAUAGCCCAACCUAUACAUCCAUUAAAUUAAAGAAGAAUAGUUCAGACACACAGUUAAAUAGGAACUCAACUUAUUCCCUAGGAGCAACUCGUUUUGAAAUUCCUCAAGUAUUACUAGACUUACCACCAUUCCAAGUCUCAUCAUUUACACCAAAAUAUAAUAAUAGUACACAGAAUAGGAAUGAUGAAACAAAAAUAUUAGAUUUAGGGAUCAAAUAUAUUGAUCUAUCUGACGCUUCCUCAAUACAAGGUUGGAAUGAUAACAAUAACAAUCAAUGGUAUAUCUACGACAAAUCUAAACAUGUUUACGUGUGUCAGUUACAAAAUGAACCGUAUAAUAAUAUUAACAAUUAUCAAUCACCUGGCGAAACUUAUUCAUUGAACAAUUCUUGUUUUAAUUUGACAUUAUUUGAUGCCAGUUUAGAUAAUAAGAAUCCAAAUUAG